AUGGUAAAAAUAAAAUGCUGCGGAUUCCCUGAGGGGCGUAGCAGCAGAAACACUGCAGGUCCCCCAAGUGGCAGCAGGCAGCGGGGCCUGAGACUGCUACAGGCCACGAAAGCAGCAGGGACCCGGGCAGGGAGCCCUGAGUGGUUCGCCAGCCAUGAGGGCCAGUGGGUCCUAGGCACUGAUUCGCAAGAUGAGAGACUGAGAAGGGUAGGCGAAGAAGUGGUUUUAGAGCCCGGUCAAUACCAUCUGGGGGACGGUUCGGAUGUUUGUGGGGCAGUUAAUGAGAACUUCAGCUAUGCAGUGCUGUCCGAGCUCCAGAGCAGCGGGAAAGCGGGAAACACAGCAAGCCCUACAGCUUUUCCUUGUACCUGCCGUUUUCAGCCUCUUACAACUGACAACAUUAAACUACUAUGUCACGCGAUUUCUUCCUACAGCAACCCGCCCACGGUGAAGCGGUUCAAAGGCCCACUCUGGCCGGCCUGGCAGCCGGGCCCUAGGCAGCUACAGCUGUGCUGCACUUUGUUUCAGAGGCUUACAAAACACAGCCAUCUUGCAUCAAGAACGUCGCGAGGCCCAGGGAGAGAGGGUGAGCCCUGUCCCUCGGCCCCGGUGCCGCCACCGGCGAAGCGCUGGCACUCUCCGCGCUGCCCUGCAGGCUGCACCUGGCUGCCCCGCCUCCCCCGGGCGAGAGUCCGCGACGACCAACUUGUCCUCAGGCGACUUGGCCCCGACCCUCCGGACGUGCCCGCGCUUGGCCGGGAGAGAAAGCGGGAAGAGAACCGCGGGUCCCCCGCCCCUGCCGCGCGGGCCGAAACCGUCGCCGCGCCGCCGCCGCUCUCUAACGCCAGCGCCGCCUCUCGCUUGCCGAGCUCCAGCCGAAGGAGAAGGGGGCGGGCUGCGGAGGGCACCCACAGUCCCUCGGGCUCGACCCGCAAACUUUUUGGCGCAGAAACGGAGAUGGGGAGCGAGUUUUCCUCUCCCUCGGGCGGUGGCGGCGGCUCCCCCGUCUCCGCCUCAGCCCAGCGGCGGCACCGCCGCGGUGCCGAGCCUACUCGCCCUCCCGCGCCGUGGGCUCCCCUUUCUUCGGUGAAAUCCCGCCCGCCGCCCCUUCCCGGGACCCCAGACCUUCACCAUGUCCCGCGCGAGCCCCUCAACUGCCGCCUGCGGGUCCCGGACCGCAGUUUUUCGGGCGCGAAAUGGGUAAAAUCGCCGCCGCUUCCCACCCCGGGCUAA